AUGGAAGAGGUUCGCAUAUCGGACUGGCCCGAGCCACCUGGCUCCCAUGCAUGGCUGCCUGCUUACGGCUUCCAGCAUGAAAUAAUGGAAAAAGACGACUAUUUUGGCUCCAAUGGUGACAAUGGCAGCACUCACGCUCUGUACCUCGAAACAAUAGUCGAGGAAACAAGCGAUGAUUUGCGUUCUGAACGCUCUUCCGCAGCAACCUGGUUGUCUGAUUCAGAUGCCGACUCGGUCAUACAUGUCCGCGGUACAGCAGGAUCGGAGUGCGACAGCGAAUCAGAGCGGGAAUGGGCAUGCCCGGCGAAACGACGGAGACGGGAGCGAGCCGCUUCGCCUACCAGCAUCGGUUCCCUUUCACGUUCAUCUAGCCUCGCGCAGUUCGAAUCACUGGAACGAUCCUGUGCCGCCCCCGUUUCUCCUAGUCUAUCGCCGGAUUCCCUCGAAUCGCCUCCCGCGUCGCCGCCACCAGUGCGUCCAACCCCUCGCGCCCACCUCUCCGCAGAGAACCUCAGUGAGGACAGCGGCUACAGUGAGCGCGCGCGCCGACCGCCACCGCCCGCCCGCCGCAGCCCGCCCGAAAUAGCGCACGGGCCGGCCGCCGCCGGCAGCGUGCCCUGCCUCGUCUCGCCCAGUGCCACGCGUCGCCAGCCCCGCGCCGCGCGCGCUCUCUCGCUGCCCGCCGAGCUUGACGUCUGCACCGAGCCGCGCCGACACGCGAAUCACACCGCGCGGUUCCGUCAGACCUUCGAAGUUUGUGACAGUUUCACCGUCAGCGUGGCCGACCUGACGGCUCUUGACUACCGCGGAGGCCCGCGGCGCCCGCGCCUGCCUCCGCCGCCCCCUCCGCGCCCUGCACACCAGCCGCCCCCGCCGCCAACCUCAGUCGAUGUCGCUGACACUGUUAAGCACCCCUCUAGGGCGACCCCUGCUCGGGAGCCGAGCACCGGAAGCGACUCGACGACCGAGUCCGAAAGAGCUUUCGCCAGAGAAAUGGAAGCUACUGCACGACGACUAGAUGAAAAUGCGAAAAGAGCACUCGCCGGCAGUGGAAAUUACGACCGUGAGCUCUCCGUAUUGACUGCACGAAGAUUACAGGAUUCGUGGGGCGCAUGGGACGAUGUCCUCGAUGAGCUUCGCCGAAGAAUGGAGCCGUCGUCGCCGACGCCGUCUCCGCCGCACUCCCCGUCGCCGGAUCCAAUACCUGCCUUUUCGUCGACACCGUUACGUUCGGGUGACGCACGCGUCCGCUCCACACCCGAGUUAAGAGCGCGAGCGACUCCGCACCGCGAAACUCCAGAAGAGUUACGAGCGUCCCUGCAACUUGUAGCGCCGCCACCACCCGACUCAGCGCCGCCUGUGCGCUCCGUGUCGGCCGGAUCGAAAGGAGUCACUUUUUCACCGGUAGUAGCUGAAGUGAGUUGGCGUGAAGCGAGCACGAGUAGUGCCGAAAGCUCGAAGCGAACGACGAGCGAGAGUUCGAGUGCGAGCAUAGACGGGGCGGACGCAGAGGUAGUGGUUGUGGAGGGGAGCGGCGAGGGACCGCGCGCGCCGGUCGCAGAGUGCGCUGUUGCAAUGACGGAAGCGGGCGCGCGUGCGCCGCGCAGCCGCAUCGCCGGCUUCCUCUCGCGGUUCGCGAACUUCCGAUUCUCAGGGCGCAAGGAGAAAAAGUCAAGGGGCGCAGGCGCGAACGGACGAGCUAGCAUCGGCGGUCCGCCGACGACGGCAGACGCGGGGCAGGGAGUGCGAACGGCGGCCGCCGGGCCGCAGUAUGUGCGCAUCCCGCUGAAGGAGGAAGGUGUGUCACGGGCGGCGGCACCCCCCGCGGCGGGCGGCGUGGCGCACAAGCCGCCGAGGCCGCGUCCGCCGCCCGCCCCGGCGCCCGGCGUGCUGGAGACCGACGUGGACACGCAGCGCACGGUGCUGCACGCGCGCUCGCUCCUCGCCCUGGCGCCGCCCGACCAGCGCGCGCCGCGCCCGCACAAGUCCAUGGAGUUCCUGCUCGACAAAGACAGCGCGCAGACAGUACAGCCUCCAGAAAACGAGUUGCAAAAGAAUUCCGACCGUGUGCUCUCGGAGCACGAACUGCGAGUCCAGAGGUCACUGCAGAAACUCAAUGUACCGGAAUGGUACAAAAAUGCUCCAGCCCCUCGAGAGGGCUUUCUCCUCCGCAAGAGGCUAUCUGACGCCUCGGCGUCGGCGACCCGUUGGAGUGGACUCAACUCGAAGACAACGUCGCUUGGCAGUCUCGGUGCGAAUGCACAACCGCCCCCACCCCAACUGUCUCCACACACCACCAGCUUCGGAAGGUGGUCGACUAGCCGGCUUAACUCGAAUCAGACUUCGCCCUGUUCUUCGACACGUAGCAGCAUUCGAGGCACGAGUCCUUUGUGCUCUCCGUCUACUAGGUCUUCCUUCAGUGCUCGACAGCCUUACCUUGGCUGGAGAAGUCAAGAACGACUAAACUCUACUCCGCGGACACCCCAUGAAAGGCUAGCUUCAUCUCUUCUUCAGCAGACAGCAUCAGCAAAGGCUUCAGAAGAAAUCCAAUCUUCGAUCAAAGAGGUCACAUCAGCGAUAGUACACUACGUGUCGGGCUUGGAGCCGGCCAACGGUGACAUAGACAGGCAACCUUCGCCGAGGUCCAGUCAGAAGUUAUAUUGGGUGGAAAGCUCGUUUGUUGGUACAAAACCACUAGAUUCACCACAAACGCCUCUGGUGGUGUCGGACUCGCUGCCCCCUCCUCACCCGCGGCCGCCGUCCUCCCUCCGCCUCGACCACCGUGCGGCGCCUGACUGGCAAGAUUCUCAGCGUUCCUUAAAUCUGGGUAUAUCCAGACCUUCCCCGGGAUCCACGACCCUUGAAGACGUUUUGGACUCACUUCUUGGCCUUCCUUCUCAACCAACUAGGAUACCGACUCCUCAACCAAGUCCGAGGAAAUCAGCGAGUCCUUACUAUCUGUUAGGUGGCAAGAGUCCGCGUUAUGAGCAAUUAGCAAGUAGUGGCCACAGCAGCGUGUCCCCUGCCUCCCGCUUCAUCAGUACACCCAGUGGGUACAGCUCCUUCACCGACCCCAGCCCCGACCACGACCGACCAGGGAAGGAUACAGUUGAUGUUCCGGCGACAAUGCAGGAGUCCAGACGUUCGAGGUCGGCCCAGGGCGAACAUUCCCGCAGGAGGAGUGAACCCUUCGCCCACCCGAGUGCUUCUCUAGAUCGGCGCACGAGCCUCGACGCUGGAGCUCUUCGGCCCGACCACCAUCUCACCCAUCACGAUUCCAAAACGUCCCUCGCUUCCUUGCAAACCGAAAACAGUACGGAUGAAGCUUUCGUCAAAUGCAAAUACCCGAAAUGUUCAUCCCGCUCACCCCUCGUAGAUGCCAAAAGACAUUACAAAACGUGUCACAACUGCACAACGAUGUACUGCUCCAAGGAAUGCAGGCGAGCUCACUGGGAAAAGCACAGGAAAGUUUGUCUACAUUCGAGAGCCAGUACGCUGUGCAGGCAGAUCAUUGCGGCAGCGAAGGAAGACGCAGAUUCCUUGCACCAAAUAAGUACAAUAGCUCAUAAAGGAUACUUAGCGCAAGGUAGGGGAGUCGUGAAGGUAUUUUUCACGAGUCCAGAAGCGGCGGAGAAGUUCACGACUCACGGCUACCAAUACUUGAGCGAGCCGGAAUUCGUGAAGUGGACGUCGCUUCAACCCAACGAAAUGGGAGCGGAACUAUAUACCGAAGUAGUUAAACUUUGCAAGGCGUACAACCCUGAGACGAGGGUCAUAUUGUACGUCGCAGUGUGCAUAAUAAGCGAAGUGCCAACAAAAGGUGCGGUUAAAUGGGAAAGACAGAUGGUGUCGAGAUGCGCCAAAUUACGUCUUAGCAAAACGGUAUCCGCAGCGAUACAGGAACAGAACCGGAAACGAAACAGGAGAGACAGUAAAGGAACGCCCGAGGACAGAGAGACCCUCAUCCUGACGUCGAAGUUGACGAACGCGGGCGAGAAAAACGCGGCAACGGCCCACAAGUUCAGAGAAAUAUGCUUUAAAAAUAUAAUAAAUGAAUUGGAAAGUAAGGGCGUGAUUCUGAAGAAGCAUUUUCCUGAAGUAUAUUCGCGUCUAGCGUCGUACGUGGACGGUACAAGCGACAGGUUCAUCCCGAUGACGAUAUAUCCAAAAGACGUCACGAGCGGCAAGUCGUUUGUGUGUGUGAUUAUGCCAGACAAUGACACGGACAGUACUCCUGUUGAUGGGAAAGUGGUCACCGUAGAUGUUGGUAUCGACCGAUCGAAACACCAGCUGUCGACUCCGAUGUGAUUUUUGUAUUACACCUUCACAUCAAUGGUGUUGUAUAUAUUUACGCUGGAUUUUUAUAAAAACAUUGACAUCGCUCAAAGCUGUAUUCUUAUGAGAAAUUGUCUAAAGUUUUUGCUAAUUGUUUGAUAUUCUCUUCUCGACUAAUGAAUCUCGUAUGUGGAUCGGUGUUGAAUGUUCUCCUUAUAUUUAUUCAAUAAAAUUUUCAUAAAUUAUAUAAUGUGUGGGCGUAUGAACCUGCAAAUUAAUCUUGGAUUAGGAAAAUUAUAACCUAAAACUAAUUCGUCACACUAUAUUAAGAGACAAAUAUUAUUUAAUAGUUUCUUACAAACAUAAAUUAAUAGUUUAAUUAGAAAAAUAAAAUGCCUUUAAAACUUGAAUUUAGUUAUAAAUAUAAUAUUUAUUUGUUGCAAUAUUAAUUUAUUGCAUAUUAUAUUAGAUUUAUUUACCUACUGUUGUUGCUUAGAAAAUUUACAAUUCUGCUAGAAUAAGAACAAUUUGUAGUUACGUAGAGCGCAAAUAUUUUAAAAUGAUUUUAAUUUUUCUAAUAAAUUGAAAUAAUUAAAGCCCAUCGUUUAAAAAAUUGACAAUACUUUAUUAGACAAAUUAAAAAUUAAAACCAAACAUAAAAAUAUCCCAAUAUUCUUCGAAAAUAAAUAGUUUAGAAAUUUUAUACAAAGCUAUAAGCUUUUACAGCUUUGCAGAUAUGUUUUUUAUAUCAAAAUUUUAUAGAUUACAUUAUUCUUAAUGUUUUCUUAGUCCUAAUUUCCCUGAUUAUUAUAUUAUAAAGAAAAAAUCAAUCAAAAGACACUUUUUAUUGAUUUAGAAGUCAGAAAAACAAUAUCUCAACGUUGAUUUUUACCAUUCAUAUUCAUUAUACACGCUAAACAGACUGUUGUGUGGUUAACUUAAAAAAAAAAACUUGUGUCUGUCAUUUGAUAUAAAUAACAUUAUUACAAUUAACAGAAAAAUGUGGCACAAAUUAUUAUAAUCUCGAAAAAUAGUGCCAACCUAUCACCAAUAUUUGUGUAUAAUCAUUAAAAUUAUAAUAUUUCUGAAUUAGACUUUAACAAUAAAUUAUCAAUAUUAAAAAAAUGAGAGGAUUAAUAAUGUUUGUAAGAUAUUUUUGGACAGCCAACCAUGCAAAAUAAAACAAAAAAGUAGCUAAAAAAAAGAUUUAAAUAACUGUAAGAUGCUGCUUUUAUUUAAUUAAAUUGUUAGGUAUGAUAAGUAAUUAUUAAAUUUUUAAAAUCAAUAAAUUAAAGCAUGACCAGAAAAAUACGCAUAUAUGCUAUAAAAAGACUAUGUAUUAAAUUGAAUUAAUAAUUUCGUGUAUUAAUGCAUUAAUGAUGCAUUUAAUAUAUAAAUAAUUUUUUUAUAUAAUAGCAAACUCAUAUUGUAUAUUUAAAACUUUUAAUAGAUAGUGUAAUGUUUUUUAACCUUUUAUGUUGUUGUAAUUCACAUAUUGUUAUUGUUGUCAUAUUAUUGUGGUGUUCAAUUUACAAGAUAAUUUUAUUAUACGUAUAUUGUCCUUAACUAGAUUUAAAUGUGACAUAAAUGUGAGUUAUACGGUCUGUGUUCUUAUAAAUGCUACAUAUGAUUGAAAGUAUUGGACCGAGAUACAAUAUGGGUGCUUCGUGCCUCGCCUAAAUUCAUAAAGCUAACGCUAUUAAAUAUAUUCAAGAAUAAUAAUUAUGCGUGGCACACUGUACAUUAGGGCUUUAUUUUUAUAAUACGACUAAACUGUUUAAAUAUAUCUCUAUUAUUAAUUUGUCUAUUUAAAAACGUAUUGUGUAAUACGCGAUGUUGAAAAUAAAGCUCUUUGAACAUUCCAUUAACUAUCGUAAUGAAUGAUACUGCAUAUUUUAGACAAUUUUAACUCUUACUGUACUUAUUUAUAAUGUCUAUGAUGAAAUUCCUCGUAAAAAACAUAUUUCAUACAUUGAUAUAUUCAUACUGUUACCAUAUCAUUUGUUUUUCAUAGUCUGGUAUAAUAUAGAUUUUUUCAUCUAGUUGUCCCUAUGAUGUAUUUCAAAUAAACAGUGCAGCUA